AUGGCAGAGACAGAAGCAGGAGACAGUUUGAUUCCAGUUCGCUGCUGGAUCCGUGAACAUUACACGAAAUUGACAAGGAGUAACGAAGCAAGGUGCAAUCAUUGUAAUGCAAUAUUUAGUAUACAUCUAAAACGCUUAGUUACUUUACAUAAGCACUUGGUUAGGGAACAUCCAGACAAAUUAACAGAAAAAGAGAAGAAUGAAGUGAAAUUACAUUGGGCUUGGGAUUAUUAUAUCGUAAAAAGCAAUACAGAAGCAACAUGUAGACUAUGUAAAGUAACAGUGAGAUACAAGCAAGUAAAUGGAUUCAAAAGACAUUUAAAAAGAAUUCACGAGAUGUCAGGUCCAACUUCAGAUAACGUAAUAGAUAACGAAAGCAGUUCAGAUGAUGACAUGGAUGCAAACAAGGAUAUAACUCUAAGAGAAGCAACACGUCAAGAUACUUCAUCCAACUUAACAAACUUAUCCGACAGAUUAAACGAAUGUACAGAAGGAAUAAAAGGACUUAAUGAGGAAGCACAAAAUAAUUUCGUCCCAGUUCGGCUCUGGAUGCGUGGACAUUACACAAAAUUGAAAAGGAACAAAGAAACAAGAUGCAUUCAUUGUAAUGGUAAAUUCAUUACAAGUAUUACGAAUUUAUCUAUUUUACAUAAGCACUUGAUAGAAACACAUCCAGACAAAUUAACAGAAGAAGAGAAGAAUGAAGUGAGAUUCCAUUGGGCUUGGGACUAUUACAUCGAAAAAAGCAGUACAGAAAUAACAUGUAAACAAUGUAAAGCAACAAUUAGAUACAAAAAAGUAAAUGAUUUGAAAGAACACUUGAAAAGAAAGCACGGGAUAUCAGGUCCAACUUCAGAUAACGUAAUAGAUAACGAAAGCAGUUCAGAUGAUGACAUGGAUGCAAACAAGGAUAUAACUCUAAGAAAAGCAAAACGUCAAGAAGCUUCAUCCAACUCAACAAAAUUGUCUGACAAUUUGUACGAAUGUGCAGAAGGAACAGAAGCAAUUAACGAGAGAACAUCAUACAAUUUAAUUCCAAUACGUCGCUGGAUGCGUGAACAUUACACAAAGUUGACAAGGAACAGAGCAGGAUGCAAUCAUUGUAAUACAAAAUUUGGUAUACAUACAACACACUUAUAUAAGUUACAUAAGCACUUGAUAGAGGCACAUCCAGACAAAUUAACAGAAGAAGAAAAGAAUGAAGUGAAAUUACAUUGGGCUUGGGACUAUUACAUCGAAAAAAGCAGUACAGAAAUAACAUGUAAACAAUGUAAAACAACAAUUAGAUACAAAAAAGUAAAUGAUUUGAAAGAACACUUGAAAAGAAACCACGGGAUAUCAGGUCCAACUUCAGAUAACGUAAUAGAUAAUGAAAACAGUUCAGUUGAUGACAUGGAUGCAAAAAAGGAUGAAACUCUAAGAAAAGCAACACGUCAAGAUACUUCAUCCAACUUAACAAACUUAUCCGACAGUUUAAACAAAUGUAUGAACAGUUCAUCUACUUUACAUAAGCACUUGAUAGAAACACAUCCAGACAAAUUAACAGAAGAAGAAAAGAAUGAAGUGAAAUUCCAUUGGGCUUGGGACUAUUACAUCGUAAAAAACAGUACAGAAGCAACAUGUAAACAAUGUAAAAGAACA